AUGUCGCGUCGUUGCUCCGGUGCGACCAAACCGGAUCUGCUCAUCGAAGAUGUGAACGGCUUGCGGAAUAGCAACAGCACUGCUUCUGCACGCGCGGGCUCUCGCUGUCUCUUAUGGCUCGAAAUUUGUGCCCGAUCUUCAAGCUCGUGGAUAGCCCGUUUCGUCCAAAGCUACAAGUUGCAAAUCAACCACUUGCUUUGGCUGCUUCGUCCGUCGUCGACCGUGGCCACUUUGACGCGGCUGCGACGAGAGCGCACGGCCCUGCACUUCAGGAUUGCACGCGCUGGUCCCGUCGCGACGUACGUGGCAAAUAGAAGGGCCCACACGGGUCGCACAGUAAACAUAGUGAUUGUACAGACGACGGGAAGGAAGUGUGAGGCUGCCGAAUGCAUUAGUGUGUGUGGUCUACCUGCUGGAUACAUUCGCAGCGCCAUCGGUCUCUCUGUGAGCUUUGUACAAUCUGAGUAG